ACGCGCUUUUUAAUAUUCCAAUCAGAAUUUAGUUAUGGCCCGCGUUCAAGCCGGUGACAAUUUAGUACCACGCCAAGUAUUCGAAAUGCCCGGUGAUAACAGCAAAGAAAUGCAAAGUUGCGACAGUUCUAGCCAAGGUUCUGGCGUUAAGCUGAAGAAACGUAUUGGCCUAUUGGAUGGUGUUGCCAUUAUUGUGGGUGUCAUUGUUGGUGCGGGUAUUUUUGUGAGUCCUAAAGGUGUUCUAUUGUAUUCAGGAUCGAUUGGCCAAUCGUUAAUAGUAUGGGUACUCUGUGGUGUGUUGAGUAUGGUUGGCGCCCUAUGCUAUGCGGAAUUAGGAACUAUGAUACCCAAAUCUGGCGGUGAUUAUGCUUAUAUCGGCACAGCCUUUGGCCCACUGCCAGCCUUUUUAUAUUUAUGGGUGGCUCUGUUAAUUUUGGUACCAACUGGAAAUGCCAUAACUGCCUUGACAUUUGCCCAAUAUUUACUGCAACCCUUCUGGCCCUCUUGUGAUGCACCAGCCGUGCCGGUUCAGCUGCUGGCAGCUGUUAUAACAUGUAUUUUAACGGUCAUCAAUUGUUAUAAUGUCAAGUGGGUAACACGCGUCACUGACAUUUUCACCGGCACAAAAGUCUUUGCAUUGCUGGUCAUUGUGGCGGCUGGUGCCUGGUAUAUUUUUGCAGGCAAUACCGAACAUUGGGAUGAACCAAUGAGUGGUACUUUCUCAACGCCCGGUUUUAUAGCAUUAGCUUUUUACAACGGCCUUUUCUCGUAUUCUGGUUGGAAUUAUUUGAAUUUUGUAACGGAAGAACUAAAAGAUCCCUACAAAAAUCUGCCAAAGGCUAUUUGCAUUUCGAUGCCAGUCGUUACGAUCAUUUAUGUGAUUACAAAUGUUGCCUAUUUUUCGGUGCUAUCGACGGAUGAAAUUUUAGCUUCCGAUGCUGUCGCUGUAACAUUUGGUGACAAGAUGUUGGGAUUUAUGUCAUGGUUAAUGCCAUUCUUUGUGGCAUGUUCAACAUUUGGUUCGUUAAAUGGUGCAAUAUUUGCCUCGUCUCGUCUGUUUUUCGUUGGAGCCCGUAAUGGUCAUUUGCCAGCUGCCAUAUCACUUAUAAAUGUUAAUUGUUUAACUCCAGUACCGUCGUUGAUAUUUUUGUGCGUUUUAACACUAAUUCUACUAUUCAUCAAGGAUGUCUAUGCGCUCAUCAAUUAUGUCAGUUAUGUGGAGGCUCUGUUCACACUACUCUCGGUUUCCGGUCUACUGUGGCUACGUUACAAACAACCCAAAACCGAACGACCAAUUCGUGUCAAUUUGGCUUUGCCCAUUCUGUUUUUGAUCAUUUGUCUCUUCCUUGUGAUCUCAUCGGUCUUCCAGUCACCCAUUGAAGUUGGUGUUGGCACAGCUAUUAUUCUAUCCGGCAUUCCUGUUUACUAUAUGACAAUACAUCGUCCUGUCGAAUGGUUGACAAACACAUCGCAGGCCAUCAAUAUGUGGUGUUCGAAAUUCUUUUUAUGUAUGCCCAAUCAGGAGAAAUUCGAUUAAGAAAUUAUAUUAGGGAAUAAAUUAUCAUUUAAUGUUA